AUGCAAAUUAUUCAGCGAGAGGACCCGACUGAAGGGCGGAAGAGACAAAACAGAGGCUGGCUUCAAGGAAACAACAGUUCGUCUUCUGCGUUCCCCCUUUCUCUCGCGUUUUCGCCCGCACACUGCGAUCGACUCCGCGUGCCUGCGGAUGCCUCUGAGGAUGAAGAGAUCCUGCUACCCGCUUUCGCGAAGACCUAUUUCGAGCAGGGGGGGAGGUCGGCGUUUCUGUACCUUCACGGCCGCUGCGCAUCCAGCGGAACGCCGAAGAAUCGGAAGACCAAGUCACAUAAACACGCGUUCUACGAACUCGACCGCGGCCCCCUCGCCCAGCUCGAGUGGAUCACGGAAGACGAGGGCUGUCUCUUCUCGCCGCUGACAAAGCAGGCAGGCCUCGGAGGAGACAACGCGACGGAAGCUGACGAAAUCGUUGCCCGAGAUCGACUUGGAGCUCAAGAGCCAGGGGAGUCAACGGUACUCCAGCUGCUGACAGCAGAGCGCGAAGAGAUUUUAAGGCAAGAGAACUUGAUUCCGGAGGAAGAAUUCACUCUCCAGCUCAAAGUUGCCGAAGAGCUGCUGGCAGGGUGGAGAGUCGUCGAGCGCCUCGAUCUUGCAAUCGAGCAGCGGGAGUCACAACUGAGAAAUUUGAAGGUCGAAAUCCGAAGAACUCGAGAGCGCAUGCGGCUGUUUUUCCAAACACAGAGGGCUGCGUUACAAGACACGAAGAAAAAGAUCUCGACGGAUGCGUCACUUGCGCUCGCCCCCUUUCUGGCCUCACUUCCUACUCUAACAUCAACGUCCGCGUCUACGCUUCUUUCCGAGGCCGACGAAACGGCGAGUCUGUCUCCGUCUUAUCGCUCCACUGACCUUAUGCUGCAAGAUCGCGUCGUGGGCCGCCUCUCAUCUUCUGCCCGAGCUUCCCUUCCUCACCUGGCGCUUCCUCCCCCCACAUACGCAGGAAAUGUCUCCAUGAGUGCGAAUCCAGCUGCAGAUUCCGCGGGGCGCAUUUUGAAUCUUCUGAGGCGCAAGCGGGGCGAGGAAAGACAGAAGGAGAGUCGCUGGCUGCCCCGUCACCUGCGGCAAAGAAGGGAAGAGGUUCUAGCGAAACAGCAAGAGAGAGAAGACAGAAGAGACAUCCGAGACGCGGCGCUGUGUCCCCUUGAUGUUGCCUGCGCGGAGCUCUCGUCGUGCACUGCCUUAAGCGCCGAGUCGUCCUUUCGGUUGGGAGAAGACGAAUACGCCGCAGAAGAGAGACAACGAAAAACGCGUGGCCCACGCGAACGCCCCGGUCAACAAGAGGCCGACGGAGAAGAAGAACCCCUGCUUUUCGCUCUUGAAGAUGUACAUCCCGACGAAGGAACCGCAGGGCUCUGCGACUUGGCGCGCCCCACUGUGGAUGCAUCCCGGCACAUCAUCGGAUUCGAAAGUGUCUCGAAAGAAAGAAGCGCGCGAGCGGAGGAAGACACAAAGCGGAAGUGCUCGAACGCGACGUGGACGUUCUCUGCGAAAACGACGCUUCUCCUCCAGCGCUCUUCGCUUCCGCUUGAGAAAAACAGACGCAGCCACGGAGGCCCGCGAGACGAGCGACGGAGGCAGGAAGCGGGGACCAAGAGGGCGGCGUCGAAACGCCCGAGUACCGGGCGUCUUCACGCCUCCGUCGUGACUGCAAAGGCUAUAGUCAAACGCAAUGGAGAGAGACAGAGACAGGAGACAGAACAGCACGCGCAGCAGGAUUUCAAUGCCAGGAGAACGGCGAAAGCGAAGGUGGGCGGAGGCAGGAAACCACUCGAUGACAAAGCCACACGAUCCACCGGGAAAGGCGAUCAAGAAAGGAACGAGCGACAAAGAAGGAAUGGGGAGUGCGGAGAGAUGGAAAGGUGCGAUAAGGGAACUGGACGACAUUCGGACGGCCAGAGGGGACAGGAGUCCCCUGUAGAACACCAAGCGCACCAAGGGGAGCAGAAGAACUUUGCGGCGCGUUCUCUCUCUCCAAAAUCCCCGUCGCCCUCUCGGAGUGAGGCGUGCUCCUCGUCGUCUGCCUCUUUGGUUGCUUCCUCGAGUUUCGACGUGCACGGGGGAAAAGAACCUGCUGACGGCGAUGGCCGCCUCGCGCAAAGGGUGCAAGAUCCGGCUCUCCUUCCAGGAGAACGGAACGAGGCAGAAGACGGAGACGUUCCCCAGGAGGAACAACUCAGUUCUCAAGACGAAAGCGACGCCUCUCAGAGAAGCCCGUACAGGUCGCCUAGAGCGCCAAACGGAUGGAAACCAGAGAGGGGGAAACAAAACGGUGGACGAAGUCCUAAAAGAGACAAGGGAAAACGGCGGAAAAUGCUGAAAAAACACCAUCCUUCCCACGGCAGGCGACAGGCAUCUGCACUAGAAGAAAGUGGAGGAAUACACCCGCCUUCUUCGGCGCAUGAGAAGCGGCUGUUGGAAAUCGCGGCGUGCCUUAGCCACCUUUCGUCGUUUUCGUCUCGAGGCGCUCUCCUCGACUCUCCGUGUUCGCAAUCUCCUCUCUUUAGUCGGACCUCGAGUUGGCGGUCCGGUCUCUUGCCGGCCUCGUUCGUGUUCGACUCCCGAGAUCAUCUGGGCAGAGCUGGCGAGGCGGAGAACGAAGAAGAACAGAGACGUGGAAAGCGUCGAGCAGAUUCGGAGAAAGACGGAACGCAAAAGGAGGAGACGGGAAACGCUUGUCGUUCGCCUGGCGCGUUCGGUGCCUCGCCCUCUCCGGGUCUAAGCCGGCGUCAACAGGGCGCUAGAGACAGCCAAAACAGCCAGCUGACGGAAGGGGAGAAGGAGCGAGACGAGGGCGAACCCAGCAAAGAGGAAGGGGAGGAACGCAGCGAGGGCCUUCGGGAAAGAAAGAAAGCUACAGGACCAAGCGCGUCAGAAGCGCAAGGCGCAGGCGAUGGUUCACACGGCGAUUUGCCAAUCGACGAUGGAACGCACCAGUUCGAGAUUCGUCGCGCCGACGCUGCGCUGGCUUCGCUCGAGGCUCGACUCAGUCUCCUGCGACGGCGGCCGCCGGGAGGUCGAGCGAGCGCCGCCGCCAUCGGGCAGCUGCUGGCGGAAGCAGCGCGCGAGGGACUGGACUCGAAGGAGCGAGAGUUUUCGCCUCAGCGCAAAUUUCCUGCGGUUCGCCUCGGCUCCUGUGCUCCUGAGGACCCAGAUCAAGAGACGGCAUCAGCAGGCUUCGACACGAAAGGCCAAAGACAGAGAGGAGACAGAGGAGACAGAGGAGACAGUGGAGAAGCGUCUGCGGCUGCUCAAGGUGCCCAAGUGCUUUCGAGGGGAGACUCCAGCGACGGAGAUCCAGCUCCGAAUCUGAGCGCUCCGCUGAGGAGAGAACCCUCUUCGUCGGGCCGUCUGGGGCCUUUCGAGUCUCUCGGAAGCCUCGGAACCGUCCGAAAACACGAGAACAACGGAGAAGAAAGAAACGCGCUUCACACGCGUCCGCGCUCACGGUCAGCCUCAGAGUCCCUCCUGCAGCCAAAUCCUUCUCGUUCUUCUUGCUCCUCGCUGUCGUCGUCAAGCCGGAGUCUGCUUGCUGCUCGGGAAUCGGGAGAACCCCACGAGACGGCGCGCCAGGAAGACGACGACGAAGCAGAUUCGAACGGGCAGAAGCGCCGCACGAGCGGAGACUCACCUGGAGGAGAAGGAGAUGUAGGGGGAGAAGGAGAUGUAGGGGGAGAAGGAGAAGGCGAAGCGGAGCGAUUGUCCUCUCUCGGUCGUGCCAGUCUCAUUUUGCUUCGCCUCCAGGCGCAGCAGGAGCACGCAGAAGGGCUGCUGAGGGAGGCAGAAAAGGCAGUGGGAGAACCCCGCGAAACCGAGGAUCUGGAGUUGUCGCUUUCGCUGGCUGAGGACCCAGAACUCCUUUUCCUGGAGCUCGAGGAGCAAAACGCAGAGACUGACAAAGGGAACGAGGGGAAAGGAGGCAAUCGAAAUGCAAAGGAGAGGACAGGCAGGCGACUAACCUACGGAGGCACAAACCCAAAGGAAAUGACGCGGAGGGCGCGAGCCUUGACGUUUCACGGUUUCAGAGGCGCACGCCCCGCAGUCACAAGAGCGAAAGAGAGAGAGGAAGAGAGAGACAAAGAGAGAGAGGGAGAACGAGAGAGAGAAAGCGAGAAACAGGAGCGAGAGCGAGAGAGCGAAGGCGGCCAGGGAAAGGACGACGGGAAGAGGGGAGGAGACCGGGAGGAAGCAAGUCGCGGCAGCAGCGGAGAUCGGGGCGGAGACGCAAACACUGGUGAAGCACACGAAGCCUCUGGAUCCCUGGUGGGACUGAUGGAUCACCUGCAAGAGGAGGUGAGAGAAAGCGGCGAAAACGGAGAAGGAGACAGCGAUGAAGAGAAUAAGAAGCGAGGCGAGAGCGAAGAAAGGAGGGACAAAGAGGCAGGCACGACAGGUGGUUCAUCGGGGUGCGAGGGGUUUUCGCGAGAAAGCGGUGAGAGGAACUGA